UACAGUACCUGUGUCGAGGCUCACACACAGCACAGCGACUAUCACAGCUGAGUUCAUUCCGCGUCUGCGCUCUGUCUCACGUUACUUGGCUUUACACUAACUGCUAGACGACUUUUCUGCGUUUUUGGGCGAUUUGUGACGAAAGACAUUUUAAGUGAAGCGCUUGAGGGAAAGAGAGCUGUUUUGUUUUUUGGUGAAGAAGAGUAAAACAGCAGCAUUUGUGCAUACCAGAGGAAACAGUCUUAAGAGACGGCGUGAUUGACUUCCUGCUCCCUUGAGAGGAGGGGUGAGCGGCGGUCUCGUGGUACUCACCCCUCCUGGUCAGACUGCUGAUGCUGAAGAUGUUGACCCAUAGUGCACGGCUGCCAUUCCUGCUGUUGCUGUGUGUUGUGUCCACUCUGUGGGGUUACCCCUUCAGACCCCCGCUAGACCUGGAUGUGACCCCCAGAACUACGGUCCUCUCCAACGGGCUGUUGGACCUCAGGCGCUUCAGAGGCUCGACACUGAACUACAGUUUAUUGCUGCUGGAGGAGGAGGCAGGCCUGUUGUACGUGGGAGCGAGAGGGGCUUUAUAUGCCCUGCAGGCUAGUGACAUCUCCAGCAGCUCUCUGCAGACCAUUGUCUGGGAGGCAUCAGAUGAUCAGAAGCAACAAUGCUUGAACAAAGGGAAAGAUAACAAGACAGAGUGCUACAACCACAUACAAUUCCUGCAGAGGUUCAACAGCACACACUUGUACACUUGUGGCACACAUGCUUUCAGCCCUCUGUGUGCAUACAUUGAUGGGAGGGAGUUUAAGAUCUCGUCAGCCUUCGAGGAGGGUCGAGAGAAAUGUCCAUAUGACCCCAACAAAGGCUACACUGGCCUGUUGAUUGAUCAGCAGAUGUACACAGCAUCUCAGUAUGAGUUCCGGAGCUUUCCUGACAUCCGACGCAACUCUCCGAAUCCCACAUUGAGAACAGAAGAGGCUCCAACUCAAUGGUUACAGGAGGCUGAUUUUGUGGGCUCAGCGCUGGUGAGGAAGAGUGUGAGUAGCUCAGUGGGAGAUGACGAUAAGAUUUACUUCUUCUUCACUGAGAAGAGUCAAGAGCUCAGUCCAUACUUCAGUCACAGCAGGGUGGCACGGGUCGCCCGUGUGUGUAAGAGAGACAGAGGAGGUCUCCUCACGCUACAGAAGAAGUGGACCUCCUUCCUGAAGGCCCGUCUGGUGUGUUCUUUACCUGACUAUGAGUUUCACUUCAACGUGUUGCGGAGUGUGUUUUUUCUGGAGGGCUCCAGCCCUCAGGACUCUGUAUUCUAUGGCAUAUUUGGUCUGGAAUGGAAAAACGUAAAGGCGUCUGCGAUCUGCCAUUACUCCAUUUCGGAUAUCCAGUGGGCCUUUGAGGGGCCUUAUAUGGAAAGCAAAGAGGACUCGAGCAACAAAUGGACCCAGUACACAGGGAAGGUGCCAGAACCACGACCCGGCUCGUGCAUCACAGAUCAACUUAGAGAAAAAGGCAUCAACUCAUCCACCAACCUGCCAGACGAUGUACUUCACUUUGUCCGUCGCCAUCCGCUCAUGUACAGGCAGAUCCUUCCUCAAAAACAGCGCCCCAUGCUGUUUAGGAGGAAUGUGGACUACACCAAAAUUGCUGUACACAGAGUGACUGGUCUAGAUGAUCGGAUGUACCACGUACUCUUCAUUGGGACAGAUGAAGGUUGGAUGCAAAGGGCUGUGAAGGUUGACGGUCAGCUGCACAUCAUUGAGGAGCUGCAGCUAUUUGAGGAACCCCAGCCAGUGGAAAGUAUAAUCAUCUCUGAGAAACAGAUGAGUGUGUAUGUGGGUUCGCCCACCUCUGUGGUGCAGUUGCCCUUGUCCACAUGCAGCAGAUAUUCCUCGUGCUUUGACUGUGUGAUGGCACGUGAUCCCUUCUGUGCCUGGGAUGGACUGGAGUGUGUGGAGAUUACAUCACAUAACAGAAGAGCCAAUCUGACACAGGACAUUCUGAAUGGAAACCAGGGCUGUGAUGAAUCCACAGCAGAUGACCAAGUGUUACACCGCUCUCGCUCUGUGAUGGCGGGUGAUGACGUGCUGCUUCAGUGUGAGCUCAGCUCCAAUCUGGCAACCCCUGAGUGGAUGUUGAAUGGAAAGGAACUGCGGGGUUAUGGACUGGACUCUGGUUACCGCGUUGGCACUGACGGCCUCCUGGUCAUCGAGGCACGGCCUUACCAAAGCGGCGACUACUGCUGCUUUGCCCUGGAGAAUGGUGUCCAUGUUCCUGUGGUGAUCUACAGCUUGACAGUCCGCCAGGAGCUUCCCGCACCUCCUCCCAUGGAGCCAACGCGGCCACGCUUGACCACAGCGAUCUACUGGACCAUUCAAACUUCCCCAAGUGACUCCCCGGAGGACUUCCAUCCGACCCCAGUGUCUCCUCGCUUCGAGUUUCUUUCCGUGAGGAACAUGGAGGCAAUGUACCUGUCCCUAAUCACUAUCCUAGGAGGCCUGUGUUUUGUUCUAACAGUCGUCCUGCUUUACGUGGGAUUCUGUUUGCAAGGACGGAGGGGUAAACACUCUUUACGGGCUGCAGCUUGCGGCGAAAGAAAGCGAGGUGCCCACUUGGAGCUGAAGACCAUCUCCAGCCACUGCAACGGGAAACCGGACGCUCACGACGGCCUGCUGCAGAUCGUCCCUGGAGAAGCAACAACGGCCCCCAACAAAGAGCUUCCUCCUGCUCCACCUCUCCCACCGCCUCCAGAAUCAGAGUACGUCAAUGGACUCUCUGCCACUUUACCCAGCGUCUUACGCAAGAUGAAUGGCAACAGCUAUGUGUUGCUGAGACAGACAGAUGGAGACACCACGUCUCCGCUUUGUUACUCCUUCACAGAGGAGCUCAACAGGAUCCUGGAGAAGAGGAAGCACACGCAGCUGUGUAGUAAACCUGAUGAGAGCUCGGUGUGAAAUCGAGAUGCGUUUGAACUGCUCAAGUGUUCAAAGGCAGUGUCAUCGUCUUAAUACCCCUUCUUCACCCAGACUAACUUUAACAGGAUGCUAAUGAGUAGCCACAGCUGCUUUUAUUGGAAGAUAAACAAAGCAUUGGUAUUCCUCUAAAAGGAGCAAAGUCCCUCUCCGUUUACAUUUCAAAUGUAGAGCUUGUGACUUUCAACAGACUGAGGAAAGCCCACUGGUCACAAAUAGCAAAGAAUGGACACAUACAAUGGAAAUUCUACCUCUGCAAAUUGUAUCGCACAGCUUUUGGCUUAUUUCAGCAUGCUUGCGUUAAAUUCAAGUUGGAGUUGGGGACACACAGCAAGGGAACCUUCAAAGCAAAAGAGCCCAUCUGGGGGAAUCAAGUAAAUGAUUCAGUUACAAACUAGUUGGAAGAAACAUUUACAAGGCAGCGUUGUAAAAAAGCAACAAGAUGAACUCAAAUGGAGGUAUCGCAUGGAGCAAAUCGUGCAAAACUCUAGUGCCGUCGAGCACUGAAUGUCUUUGAUAUGUCCUUUAUUUUAAUAUUUUCUAAUGUAUGCCAACACUGACCUUAUCAGUAACAGCUUGUGAUAAUAAGCAUAGUUAAAAAGAGCAGGGAUAACAGACUUUAAAAACAAUUAGAAAUGCACUUGAUGGUACUAAUAGUGUAAAUAUGGCAAUUAUUGAUAGUUUCACAGGGGUGGGAACCUAGCAAGAUGACAGUAUUAACCACUGAGAUGCACUUUAUGGACCGGUAGCAUUUGUUUUCCAUGAGGUGCUGCUUGUUGUGACAGAGCUGGAGAAGAUGGAAUGGAUUACAAGGACAGGACCGUUGCGAAAGAUGUGAAAGCGACAAUAUGAAUUGACUCUGAAUGCGAGAGGGAAGACUAUGUGCACAGUAUCUGUUUAACCCUGAGCAAUAGACCCCUAAAUGUGUCUGGAUUCGUUUGACUUAAGAUCUGUUAUGUCUGUCAUGACUUAUGUAUGAUAAGUCCACAUGCACAAGAACUGACAUGAUUCCUUGUCGGAAUCCUUCAUCGGAAUUCCGGAGUCAUUGGCUGCUAGGUCUCCAUGGCAACCACAGAGCAGAGGUAAAGCUGAUGCUGAACUUCUUAGAUUAUUCUUUUGACAUGACCAAUUAUUACAGCACCUCUUACAGUCAGGUCUCGCAGUCUUAACAGGGAUUAGCGAAUUAGCGCAACGUUGUGAAAUGAUGCUUCUGCUGCCAGUAAAUAAACUAAAUUCAAUUCUAGUCGGGACAUGAUGAACAAUGAGUAUUGUAACAUGGUGAUAUUGGGGGGUUUAAUUAUCCCCUACACUUCCAGUAAGUCCAUUAAACUGUUGUGUAAAUGUUUGUCCUGGAACUGCUCCAACUGCUCCGACUGCCCACACUUGAGUGCAAGAGCAUUUUGGCGUAUCUCCCACUACUUAAGGGGAGCGAAGCACCUGGUUCUGUCUGUUUAGAUCAGAAUAUGCAGAUUGCAAUGGAGCCGAGUGGAGAACAUUAAGGCCACAUGUUCAGAACAGAGCUAAGAUGAGCACUGCUGAUAGUGCAGUUCUCUCUCCUUAUGCUUUGUGUCCAGACGUAUAUUGUUUUUGUUUUGUUUAGUAGAGUUGGACUUCCUCAUGUCAUUACAAACCUGUAUCUUGUUAUUUUUACACAAAAGAAGACAUUUUGAAGUAUCUUUCCGUGGCUCUUUCUAUACAAUGAAACUUUGUAACUUUGUUUUGACCAAAAAGGAUAAAAAAAAAUUCUUC